UCUUCGAAACAAAUGAACGGGCGCGCUGACUCCGCCCCCUGCGGUGGAGAGAAAAAGUGAAAGUAAAGAGAAGCUUCUGCUCAGGACGAGCUGUCGCUUCAGUGCGACUUCACAUCAACCACAGACUCUGACACGGUGGCAAAUUCAGCUCCUGCUUCCCCUCAGCGCUCUGUGGUCAUGUUUGUCACCCGAGAUUAAAACCUCAAACUGACAUGGAGUCACAGAGGAGACCGAGCGGCAGAUGAAGAGGCAGCGAGACGAGUUGGCGAUGGAGCAUCUGCCGCUAGACAGUGAAGGGAAUGGUGCAAGAGGCGUGGAGGAGGAUUCUCCUUUGUAGGAUGGUCAGAGACAAUCUUGAUCAAACAGCACAGCAGAGCCAAAAUCAGAGCCAGGCGGGUGAGACGCAGGGGAGAGGUCAGCGCGCUGAGGAACACGCGGGCCCCGAACGCAGCACAGACAACGUCAACGCCGACAGCAAAGAGCCGACAGAGAGCCAGCUAGAUUUUCUGCUCUGGAAGAAACUCAGAUUAGAGCAACAACCUGACACCUGGCACCAGCCGGUGACCGCAGGUGACAGCGAGCAGUUACCCACACACCUCCGUCCGUUCAGCAGUCCCGCCGAGUAUGAACUGGUGAAGAGCACUUACCAGCAGCUCCAGCACAGCGGUUACUACUGGGGACCGAUGAGCAUGGAGGAGGCGCACAAAAUACUCUCACAGACAUUACUGGGCACCUUCCUCAUCAGAGACAGCUGCCAGCCCAAUGUUUUCUUCACCCUGAGCUACCAAAGCGAGGACGGCCCGACCAGUGUCCGCGUCCAGCUCAACAACCUGCUCUUCAGCCUGCAUGGCAGCCAUAGGAAUUUCCCCUCAUUCUUCACCCUUCUCACCUAUUACACAUCCUCAUCCUGUAAGCUGACUGUGCCCUACCGCCGGCAGCGCCCGGAGAGCCUAAAGCAGGCGUGCAGGAGGGCGUCUGUUCGCACACAUGGCGCAGAGGACAUAAGCAACUCCCCUGGACUGAGUCUUCAAGUCAAAAACUAUGUUCGCGCGUACCCGCACUGUAUAUAAAAGCACGGGUGGACAGAGCUGUAUGUGGUACUAUGUAAAGUUUAAAAUAUUGUUAAAAACAUGUUUAUUUGCACAUAAUAAAUGGACAGAGUGGUAUAGUUUACAGUAAGUAUGUGGCACGUGUGAUUUUCCUUUUGACUGUUCACACAGGAUACAGUUUCAGCGAAGCCUGCGUUACUUUGUGACGUAUACAGGAGGCUGAAGAAGCAACAUGAAUAACAGAUGAUGCGGCUCUUCAACAGUUCAAGCUAAAUUAUGUCAUUGUUUCUGAACACCCUCAUGUGUACCCUCAUUCGGCACAGCUUGAAAAAUACUUUUUUGUCCCUCGGCUCUCGUUUGGGGAGUUUUAUUUUAAAGGACUGUGGAAAAACCUGCAAUUUGUGCCUCAUCCCGGGUGGAGUCGAUCUUCCUCGUCUGUUCCAGAUCAGAUACGAUCAUUGAAAUUGGAACAGUACUUCAGUGUUCUACUGUUUCAAUGGCAGGUGGCGCCACCGCCACCUACAGAGUGUUGAUAAAUGAACAAGUGAAAUACUUUUAAAGAAGGAAAAUUAAGUUAAUUCGAGUGGCUUCUGGAACACCAUCUGUUAUUUUUUUAUUAGGGAAGCACUUAAUAACAGUAAUAAUAAUUUUAUUAAACCUUUAUUUAUCCAGGAAAUAUCCGUUGAGAUUAAUAACCUCUUUUUCAAGGAUGUCCUGGCCAAAAUAAUGAAUAAAUCAUGGAUGAUGCCAGUAAAA